AUGAAAGCAGUGCUUUUACUUCAUUUACUUCUCCAAGGUGUUCUGCUGUUUGGUGCUUUAGGAGUGCAAGUGAGAAUGCCAGGAAAAAUUCAUGGUCUCAAAGGUUCCUGUCUGGUGAUUCCAUGUUCUUUCAACUUCAGAUCAAACCCACCCAAAAACCCAAGAGUUGUGUGGUAUCAGUGGGUCUAUACAGGUUAUCCUUUAGUUUAUGAUCCUUUGGAAGAAAAUAAAGUCAUUGAGAAGUUCAGAGGAAAAACUGAUUUAUAUGGAAACUCAAGUGGUGAUUGUAGUCUGCUGAUCAAAAACCUGGAACAGUCCCAUCAUGGAGAGAAAUUAUACACAGGAAUUAACUCAAACAAAUUUCACGAAGUCACUUCUACAGUCCUUGUUGACACACGUCCACAUUUGCCCAGCAUCAGUAUUUCUGGAGGAGAGAAGAUGGGGGACAAGAUUACAGUAACAUGUUCAGCUUCACACACAUGUCCAUACAGCAAACCAAACAUCACUCUGAAUGGUAUUGAAGGAUCUGACCGAAUAAAUGAAGAGUGUAGUGAAGACGGUCAGUGCAGAAACACUCUGACACGCACAGGUGUUGUAAAAGCAGAAAACACAACUUUUGAGUGUUCAGUAACACAUCAUGGUGGCAUAAACACAUCAGCUGCAAAAGACAAAAGUGCAUUAUGUGUUCAUCAAAACAUCACGAUUGAGCCUGCAAUAGCAGAUGUCUCUGAGGACGUUGAACAGAACUUCACUUGUACUGUCCACCAUUCCUGUCAGAAGGAGAAUCCAACCAUCACAUGGAACUAUGAGAACAUGCAAGUCUCAGAGGGGACAAAAACACUUUCUGGUUUUGAUCUAGUCGCCUAUUCCACCAUAACUGUUCUGGGUUCAAAAGCAGACCAUGGGAAGAAACUGAUCUGCUCUGCAGAAUUUUCUGGAGGAAACAUCACAGAAAUUGUUGUUUUACACGUGUCAUUCAAGAUAAUCGUUAGACUGAAGACUAUUGGUCUUUACAUCGUAACGCCCUCACUUGUGUUCAUCUUCACAUGCAUACUUGUUGGAGUCAUCAUAUGCAAGAAGCAUCACAUGUAA